CAGGGUUUCGUACGACCCUGGCAGAUAUCCACGCUACAUCCCAGAGGCUUACUGCCUGUGUAAGGGCUGCCUGCUCGGGGUAGAGGGCGAGCGGUACCGCAGCACUCCAGUCUACGCUCCAUCUGUCAUUCUAAAGAGAACGGGAUCCUGUGUGGGUGGACGCUACUCCUACUCGGAAAUCUAUGUCUCUGUGGCUGUGGGAUGCACCUGUGUGUCUCAGGAUGAGAAGCAUGGAGACAGUCUGAGCAGCCUAGAGGGAGGAGAACCCAAAGCCAGACCAAUCCAUUCUGCAGGCGGGAAAGCACGAAGGAGACUGAGGGACGUGCACCUCUCCCAUUCUGUUGUUUAAAGUUAGAAUGUUCAUUUGAAAAACAGACCUUUAACGCCGGAUCACAAGAGCGACGAUGACCAUGAAUGUAUGGUUAUACGGGAGUGUCCAAAGCCCGUGGAUCUUUUCAGACUGCAUGGUAGAGAAUGAACUGUGUUCACCAUCAGGUUUUAUUGCCAUAUGUGUGAGAAACAUUAGGAAGCUGCUGCAGUAGUUGGUGCCCAAAAAUAAAUUAUAUUUUAUAUAAGUAAUAAAAUAAUAAUAUAGGGAGGCAAUGGCUCUUUUAUACAAGACAGUGUAGCUGCUGGUCAGAGCACAGCAGUUCAAGGACAACACAGGGUCAUGUGACGUCCUAGGACUGUCUUUCAUUAGUCCAACAGCAGAGGGGAGUCAUGGGAACUCAGGCUCUUUUAAGCACACAUCACUCCUAUUCUGAUGUCUCUGCACUGGUUACCCGUUAACUUUAGAGUUCAUUUUAGAGUCCUGACUAGAACUUUCAGGGCUGUACAUGGUCAAGCUCCUCCCUAUAUUACUGAACUGUUAAAGCCUUAUGCUCCAACCCGAGCCCUCAGGUCCACCCACCAGAACCUUCUAGAAGUCCCAAAGACCAGAUAAAAAAGUCAAGGUGAUCUCUCCUUCCAGACUUUUGCACCCCGACUUUGGAAUGAUCUUCCUUUAUUCUUACGCAGCAUUGACAGUCUGGACACUUUAAAAAAACAGCUAAAGACCCUUUUAUUUAAAGCUGCUUUUACCUAAAUCUUUUAUUUUCUUAUUUUUAACUCUAAUUUUAACGGCUCGGCUCGCUGAGAUGAACCGGCUCUUUCUCCUCUCUGUGAAACGUCUCCCCAGCCUCAUUAGCAUCUACAGAAGGGAUUCAUCAGUAAACCAAACAUGUCAGAUGUGUCCAUGAUCUAACCUGCUGGAAGCAGACUGCAGCACCGGGUAUGUCAGCUGAACAGCUGACAGCUGUGAUAUUGUGGCUACAGAGGGGGUGUGGUCUGAGUGACUUGCCUUCAACCCUGUAAAAGCUCAUUUUAGCACAGACUGACUCAAGAACAUGAUUUAAUAACAUGAUAAAGUUGCAUCGUAUCCCUUUAAAUACCUUCUAACGGUCCAACACCAAACAGAGCAACAGAGCUCAUUCAAAUAACAAAAAUAAACUAAGGAAGUUAUUUAUAGACUUAACUAUUUACAGGUAAAAGGAAACUGUUCUUGUGGUGAGAGGUUCUGGUCUGAAUGGAUCGGAGCCUCCUACCAGACUGUGUCCAGGGUGAGACGGGUCGGCUGGUAUCUGACCUGCACGCCUCAGUGUUCUGGAGGUGUACAGGUCCUGUAUGGAGGGGAGUGUGUAGCCAAUGACCUUCUCAGGAUAAAUUAAAUAAGAGAAAAUAAAAUUAUAGUUGUUAAUACCUAAAAUAAUUCUCUGUGCUAGGGUCAAAGACUAUGGGCGGGCCCAAGUACUGAGAUGAUGUCACCAGUUUCAGGAUUUCUCCACCAAUGAUUGGGGAAGAGGGGUCACCUCGUUCAUCUUCUCCACAUCGUUGGUCAUUGCUCAUCCACCACCUAUGGACUCAUCGUUAUUAGAGACAAACCAACAAAGCAGUGUCCUGUGUGGACAUCACAUCAGGACCUCCAGGACACCUCACAGAAUAAUCAUAUAAAGAAUGUUUCGAGGAGUGGUCAGGACACAACCUGGUGGAGCUCCAGUGUUCAUUACAGUGAUGGAAGAGCAAAUACAGAUGUGGACAUAAUUGUUGGUACCCUUUAGUCAAUGAAAGGAAAAACUCACAAUAGUCCCAGAAAUGCCUUGGAUCAAACAGUUCCUGUAACUGUCAAUGAGACUUCUACACCUCUCAGCAGGUAUUUUGGCCCACUCCUCAAGAGCAAACCACUCCCGUUGACUCAGCUUUGAAGAGUGCCUUUUCCAGACAGCAUGCACCCCCCCCCCCCCAUCCCUGGACACUGGGCUUUUGAAAUCAGAAGAGUGGUCCUUUUUAUUACAGGGAAAUUUAAUACACUUUGCAUGAGCUGAGAGACAAGAGAAGAGAGAGAGACCUCAGAACGUUUAAGCAAAAUUUAUUAUCUAAAUUAUUUUAAACAGUUUAACAGGACAAACUCUCUAGUGGAAUGGAAUGUGAGAUGGAGUGUGUGUUGGUGCGAUGUCAAUUCAGAACCUCCGUUCUGGAGAAGCGAGUCUGAGUGGGAGAUGAUGUUUUGCUCCUAACUGAUCAACGUUUGAACCUUGGUCAGAAAACACAUGAGAUGCUAUCUGUGCCGUUCUACAUUACCCGUCAGGGACUCCCGUCUUAGAUCAGGCUGCCAGGUCCACGGACCCUCCUCUGUACUGGAGCCGACGAAACAGCGUCCUCAGCACGACAAACCAGUCUAUGGAUAGUCUCCAGGUAAAAAUGGCAGGUGUUUCACAGCGUCAGCGAGUUCAGCUUUUAUUCUGAAGGAACCGUUGUUUUGUUGAUAACAACAACAGGAUUUCCCAGCUUGACAGUUCUCAGCUUAAAAGUAAAAAGUACAGAUGGCCGGUCCGUACUCCACUUAGCAAUGAUGAACAUCAGAGGAUCUUGAGAGCUGGCUGAAUGCUGAACUCAAAAUGGCGUUGUUCUGACUUAUUAAUCUUGAUGUUUAUUAUUUUGGACGAAUCACAGCUGACAGAUUAAAUAAACACCACAGAGACUCUGUCAUGCUUCAGAGUGGAGGUUCUGAUUGGAUUUGCGACCGGAAUGUGUAUCAGCUGACUAGUGGCUACCAUACGUCAUUUCCUUAUUAAAUAUUAAUCAUAACAUUGUGAUUUAACAGAUCGGUCACAUGGUUAUUAUUGACUAACAGUUGUUGUGAUUAGCUUCAUUAAAAUAGAGUUCUUUGAUUAAUUAAAAGAAAAGAGUUCA